AUGGCAUCACAAGUAAAGCUCUCUCGGACCAAAGGCCCUGCGAAAUACAACAUCGGGUGGAGACGCAUUGCACGGAAUUUCAGUCCAUCAUGGUUUGCUGUGACUAUGGGCACAGGUGUAGUCUCAGUUUUGAUGGCCUUGGUGCCUUUCCAUACCUCAGUCCUCUAUUAUGCGUCGAUUGUUUUUUUCGUGCUGAAUGUAAUUUUGUUUGUGUUAGCAGCCAUUGCCUCUAUUGUGCGAUACACCAUGUAUCCUGAGAUAUGGCCAGUGAUGAUCCAGGAUCCAGUCAACUCCCUGUUUCUAGCAACGAUCCCCAUGGGAUUCGCCACCCUCAUCGAGAUGUGGGUUGUUGUUUGUGUACCACAAUGGGGCAGGUGGAGUAUAACUGUUGCUUGGGCUUUCUGGAUCGUGGACGUGGCGGCGGCAGCCUCUGUGACUCUGUCGCUAUCCUUUAUUUUGAUAUCCCAACGCUAUAUCAACUCGCUCGAGCGGAUUACUGCGCUCCAACUUUUGCCGAUUGCAGCCACCAUUGUGGCAGCUGGCGCUGGUGCCGAAAUUGCUGGCAUUUUACCCAACAAACAGCAAGCUCUGGGGACCCUUCUGGUGUCCUUUAUUCUCUGGGGUAUGGGCACUCCCUUGGCAAUUGCCGUCUUAGUGAUCUAUUAUCAGCGGCUCGCCGUCCACAAGCUUCCCCCGAGGGAAAUGAUCGUGAGCUGCUUUUUGCCCUUAGGGCCUCUUGGCUUCGGUGGGUUUGGUAUUCUGUAUAUGGGAAAAGUGGCGCGGGGGCUGUUGCAAGACCCUCUAAUCUUAGACCCCAUCGCGGGCCGAGUGGCAUAUGUCUUGGGCGUUUUCACAUCCCUGCUGAUGUGGAGUUUUGGCUUGGUCUGGCUCGUAUUUGCCCUCGCCACUGUUCUGUACAGCUCUCCAUUUCCCUUCAACAUGGGCUGGUGGGGAUUCACCUUUCCUCUGGGUGUGUAUGCGGCGAACACCAUGGAACUGGGUAUUGAGCUGGAUUUGAUGUUUUUCAAAGUGUUCGGGACUUGGCAUCCAGGACAGCACAGGGCGCAUGGGGUGGGACUCUUUUUCAUGCUCCGUGUUUACAAAACUUGGCUCUCACGAACGAAGGGGAGGCGGGUGAUGGACGAUCCGGGAGAGCAUGAAUUCCCUUUUUUGCAGGAGGUUUUCUCUCCGAUAGAGGCACACAAGGUCGAUUUGGUCUUCGUUCAUGGCUUGAAUCCCCGGGGCCGCAGUGAUCAUCCUUUUGAAACAUGGACUCAUGCCAAUGGAAAGUUCUGGCCGACAGACUUUCUCGCGCAAGAUAUUCCAUAUGCGCGGGUCUUUGUCUAUGGCUAUAAUUCAAGCAUCACGCAUCCGCAGACAAUGUCCACGGCGAGCAUCAAGGACCACGCGAAUACCUUGUUGAAUCUUCUUGAUAUGGAACGGAGUCCCCAUAUGGGAACAGUUCCGCCAAAGGUGAUAUUUAUUGGGCAUAGUUUGGGUGGUUUGGUCAUCAAGCAGGCCCUUCUGAAUGCCAAAGAAGACCCAAAAUAUACGGCCAUUCGCUCGGCAACUUCUGGGCUUGUGUUCUUCGGAACACCUCAUCGUGGUGCAAAGGCCGUGGAACUAGGGAAGAUUGCUGCUCGGGUGGCCCGAUUUGUCUCGAAAGGCCACGCCAGCAAUGAUCUCCUCGACUGUCUGGAGCAUAAUUCACUCUUCACAAGACAGAUGACCGACCGAUUCCGGCAUCAAUUAGAAGAUUAUCGCGUUGUCAGUUUUAUCGAAGGAAAAGAAGUGCAGUUGGGUGGAGCAGGUCCGGCAUCCAUCAGCCAUCUCGUUGUAGAUGAGGAGUCGGCUGUACUCGGGCUGUCUGGACUCCGCGAAACCCAGUUGAAGCUUGACGCAGAUCACUCUCAGAUGUGCAAAGUCGGCACUCGAGGGCCCAUGUACCACUUGAUCAGGGGCAAUAUCAAACAAUUGAUCGAUCAAGCCCUUUUGUCAGAACACGGCUUCAUUCCACAGCCUGUACCACAAGGUCCUGGUCCCAGUCCACCGCCGAUACCACCUCGCAUACACUCCAAUAGCAGCACGCCGUAUCACACGCAAGGAAGACUACCUCCGCCACCUCAAAAAGUGACCGGCGUCGUUUUCACUCCCUCGGACAAUGAUCCGCGAUCGAUUCGUGCGGCGGAACUUAAGAAUCUUGCUCGAUGGGAUGAGGCUCGAACCGUUGAGUAUGAAAUCUUUCAAGAGCAUUUGCGCACUCUCGGACCAGACCAUUUCAGCACCUUAUCAGCGGCAUACAACUUAGCUCUCGUUGAGCUGGAGUCUCACUACUUGGCAAAGUCCCACGAGUGGUGUCAAUGGGUGUCUGAUAAUGUCCAACGCGUUUUUGGGAGCAAGCAUGCCCUCGCGAUGAAGACAGAAAGUCUGACCGCGGAAGUUCUAUGUCAGCAAGGCAAGCAUCAAGAGGCAGAGUCAGUUUGUGCAAACGUGCUUGCUCGUCAGCAAAUCAAUAUUGGCGAAGAACACUUGGACACUUGCGACACUCGACGCCGUCUGGCCGGAACAUACCAUGCCCUCGGUCGUCGGGAAAACGCCAUCAUGGCCGCCGAAAAGCUCACAGAAACCCUGACGCGUCUUCUUGGAGAAACGCACAUUCGAGUAUUUGCCUCGGCGCUAGACACUUUGGAAUACAUCAUCAGCAAUCAAUCCGGUGACAGAAAUACGCUGAUCACUAUGCGAUUCCAGCCCGAAGUGCAGCAGGCCGUGGAAAUGAUAAGCCAAAUUUAUGAGGAGCUUCGCCAAGGGCUAGGCCCUGGGCAUCCGUAUUCCAUUCGUGCUCUCUGUCUCUAUGGCCGCGGGCAGAGCUUCGUACAGCAGGGCAUGGAGGCAUCGGAAACCCUUCGUCGAGCCCUUUCCAGCGCAGAGGAGACAUUAGGGCCCGAUCACCCCAUAACUAUGGAUGUCGUGGGAAAUAUUGGAGUCAUGUACGCGGUGCAAGGUGGCUUUCAAGCCGUUCUCGGCAACAACCGUGUGGAAGAAGCCUUUCCCUGGCUGCUACGAUAUCUUAAUUGGGUUGAACACCGCAGAGGAAAGGAAAACCCCGAGGCACAAGCAUCCUUGGAACUAUUGGCGUCCCUGCAUUUCAAUGCCAGGGAAUACGAGCCUGCCCAAAAAUAUUUCGAGCGUCUCGUUAUAGCAUACCGAGGCAAUCCGAAAGCCCUCGAGCGUAUCAAUAGUCAGCUUCAGCUUUGUCGUGCGAAUACCAUGCUCACCCGUCGAAGCCAUGGGUCAGGGAUAGGAGGGUUUCUGCAGGCUUUACAGAAAUAUUAA